GGACCGGCAGACGCACGGGCGGGAGGCUGGGAGCCAUGGAGUGUGGCCCCGGGACGGGGGUGCGUGGGCCGCGGCGGGCUUCCCUGUGCAGGACAUGGAGACGUGAGGCUCCAGGGCUCCCGAGGGCUCAGCUUGGACCAAGAUGGGGCUGGGCUGCUGCCUCCUAACAGGGCUUUUGUCUGGGGCAGUGGCUGGGGGUUGCCCUCCCCUUGCCCACAUCUCAGAGCACCCCUACCCCUCCACUGCUGAGAGAGGCCUGCUCUUGGGCCCAGUGCCCGCCAUGAACGGCCUGUCGGUGACUGAGCUCUGCUGCCUCUUCUGUUGCCCGCCCUGCCCUGGUCGCAUUGCCGCCAAGCUCGCCUUCCUGCCGCCGGAGCCCACCUACUCGCUGGUGCCUGAGCCUGAGCCCAGGCCUGGUGGGGCUGGGGCCGCCCCCUCAGGGACCCUGCGGGCCUCCACAGGCACCCCUGGACGCUGGAAGCUCCACCUGAUGGAGCGUUCUGAUUUCCAGUAUAGCCAGCGUGAGCUGGACACUGUUGAGGUCUUCCUGACCAAGAGCAGCCGGGGCAACCGCAUUGCCUGCAUGUAUGUGCGCUGUGUGCCUGGAGCCAGGUACACAGUCCUCUUCUCACAUGGCAAUGCUGUGGAUCUAGGCCAGAUGAGCAGCUUCUACAUUGGCCUGGGCACACGCAUCAAUUGUAACAUCUUCUCCUAUGACUACUCGGGCUAUGGCGUCAGCUCAGGCAGGCCCUCAGAGAAGAACCUCUAUGCUGAUAUCGAUGCCGCCUGGCAGGCCCUGCGCACUCGGUACGGCAUCAGUCCGGAUAGCAUCGUUCUGUACGGGCAGAGCAUCGGCACAGUGCCCACCGUGGACCUGGCCUCGCGCUACGAGUGCGCCGCAGUGGUGCUGCACUCCCCGCUCACCUCGGGCAUGCGCGUGGCCUUCCCCGACACCAAGAAGACCUACUGCUUCGAUGCGUUCCCCAACAUCGAGAAGGUGUCCAAGAUCACAUCGCCGGUGCUUAUCAUCCAUGGCACGGAGGACGAGGUGAUCGACUUCUCUCACGGGCUGGCGCUCUAUGAGCGCUGCCCCAAGGCCGUGGAGCCACUGUGGGUGGAGGGCGCUGGGCACAACGACAUUGAGCUCUACAGCCAGUACCUGGAGCGCCUGCGCCGCUUCAUCUCCCAGGAGCUGCCCAGCCUGCGCGCCUAAUGGAGCUGCUGUGCCCCGAGCCAAGGCGGGACAGACCUCAGCAAUAAGGCAGCGCCGGCCCUGGCCCUGGGGGCUGCAUGUGUGCCCCAGUCCCCUGAGGUAGCUUGCUGGCUUUGGGGUCGGAACUGCCCUGAUCCAGGGGCUGUGGACGAUGUGCAAGCGGCAGUGCCACGCUAUUCUUUCCUUUUGGAAGCAAAACGAAAGAAAAAUUAAAGGUUUGAAAUUUUAACGUUCCUCUCUUUGCUUUCAUAGCUCAUGUGUGCUCUCCCCGGCGUUCUGUGAGUUCUUAGAAGGUUCUGGGCUUGCCCCCAAACUCUCAGAAAAGUUCAGCACAAAUGCAGAUACCAU